CCUCCCGAGGCAUCGGACCCGCGCAGCGCCGCCACCCUGACACCUGCCCCGCCGCCGCGCCGCCGGCGGUCACGGCGCUGCCCGGGGCCCUCCGUCCGCCCGUCGCUGCCGCCGCAUGCUCCAGGGGGAGACCCAGCGCGCCCGCGGAUCCCUCCUCCUGCUCCUCGCCUCGCCCGACGACGCGGCCGGCCGCGAUGCAUCGCGCGAUGCGGCUGCGCUGCCUCCUGCGCCCGCCGCUCUGGUGCAGGCCUGAGGCCGGAGUCGUGGGACUCGGAGUGCCUGGCGGGAGCGCGGUGGCACGGAGGCCGCCUCGGCCGUUCGGCGGCGGGCUGCCGUCGUCCCGGUUCUACUGCUCCAAGGGCGGCGUCGGUAGCGCGGAGGCGGCUGUGGGGAGCGGCGGCGGAGGCUGCGGUGGAAGCGGUAGGAGCAGCGAGCAGGAGCACGCGAGGCUCGGGGAGAGGGACCAGCAGGAAUGGCUGAGCGGCGAGCGGUUCGUCACCGGCUGUAAGAGGCAGGAGUCUCCAUUCCUUACCAAACGGGAGCGCUUCCGCAACGAGUUCCUUCGUCGCGUCGUGCCAUGGGAGAAGGCGAGCCUCUCCUGGCGCAGCUUCCCUUACUACGUCGAUGAGAAUGCAAGGCAGCUACUGAGUGAGUGUGUGGCAUCACACCUGCGGCACAAAGAUGUCGCUCUGGAGUAUGGUUCUCGGCUGCAGUCCUCUGGUGGGAGGAUAUUGCUCCAGAGCUUGCCAGGAACUGAGCUUUAUCGGGAGAGAUUGGUAAAAGCGCUUGCCCAUGAAUUACGUGUGCCACUGUUGGUUUUGGACAGCAGUGUUUUAGCUCCAUAUGAUUUUGGUGAGGAUUGUUCAGAGAGUGAGGAAGAUGAUGAACAUGCAGAAUCUGAAGAUGAUGGGUCUGUAUCAGAGGUGGAAGAUGAAGACGAUGAUGAUGAAGAAAAAACAGGUGAAAGCGAUGAUGGUGACACUAUUAAAUCCGUGGAAGACCUCAAGAAGCUUGUUCCAUGCACACUUGAGGAAUUUGCGAAGAGAGUUGCUAGUGCCCAGGAAAGUUUGUCGACAUCAGAAGCUUCUGGCACUGCCGAGUCUCCUGAAGAUGGGAGAAGGCCACUCCAAAAGGGAGAUAGGGUGAAGUAUGUCGGUGCAUCAGUGCUUGUUGAAGCAGAUCGCAGGAUCAAUUUGGGGCAAAUUCCUAGUCAAGAGGGAGGAACAAAUGCCUAUACUGUUCUUAAUGGCAGGACAUUAUCAAAUGGGCAGCGUGGAGAGGUGUAUGAGAUCAAUGGUGAUCAAGUGGCUGUUAUAUUUGAUCCUCCUGAGGACAAGCUGUCUGGUGAUAAAAAAGAUGAACCAAGCAAAGAGCAGCUUGCAAAACCAGCAGUUUACUGGGUUGACACUCAGGAUAUUGAGCAUGACCAUGAUACCCAGGUGGAAGAUUGGCACAUCGCAAUCGAAGCACUUUGUGAGGUACUGCCAUCUCUACAACCAGCCGUUGUUUACUUUCCUGAUAGUUCCCAGUGGCUGUCCAGGGCAGUUCCAAGAUCAAAUCGCAGGGAGUUCGUUGAAAAAGUAGAAGAAAUGUUUGAUCAGCUUACUGGGCCUUUAGUUUUGAUAUGUGGGCAAAAUAUAAUUGACACAGCACCCAAAGAAAAAGAACCGAAGACGCUAGUGUUCCACAAUCUUGCUCGCCUAUCUCCACUGACAUCAUCCUUAAAGCGGCUGGUAGGUGAGCUAAAAGGGCGGAAGCCUUCAAAGUCAAAUGACAUAUCAAAGCUCUUCAGAAACAAGUUCUAUAUUCCCCUUCCAAAGGAUGAUGAACAGCUGAGAGUUUUCAACAACCAGAUUGAGGAGGACAGAAAAAUAAUUAUCUCAAGGCACAACCUUGUAGAAAUGCACAAGGUGCUUGAAGAGCAUGAGCUAUCAUGUGAGGAUCUUUUGCAUGUGAAGUCGGAGGGUACUAUUUUGACAAAACAAAGAGCAGAAAAGGUCGUUGGAUGGGCUAGAAGUCACUAUUUAUCAUCAGUGACGUGUCCUUCUAUAAAGGGUGACAGGCUAAUCAUUCCCCGUGAGAGUUUGGACCUAGCAAUUGGAAGGUUAAAGGAACAGGAGGGUUCAAUCAGGAAGUCUCCUGAAAAGAUGAAGAUUUUGGCAAAAGAUGAAUUUGAGCGCAAUUUCAUUUCGGCAGUUGUACCUCCCAAUGAAAUUGGAGUAAAAUUUGAUGAUAUUGGUGCUCUUGAAGAUGUGAAGAAGACACUUGAUGAACUUGUUACUCUUCCAAUGAGGAGGCCAGAGCUUUUUUCUCAUGGGAACUUGUUAAGGCCUUGCAAAGGUAUAUUGCUUUUCGGACCUCCAGGGACAGGGAAAACACUUUUGGCAAAGGCUCUUGCAACAGAAGCUGGAGCAAAUUUUAUCAGCAUAACUGGUUCUAAUCUCACAUCAAAGUGGUUUGGAGACGCUGAGAAACUCACCAAGGGCCUUUUCUCCUUUGCUAGUCGGCUGGCACCUGUUAUCAUAUUUGUGGACGAGGUUGAUAGCUUACUUGGUGCAAGAGGUGGUGCAUUUGAACACGAGGCAACAAGAAGAAUGCGGAAUGAAUUCAUGGCAGCUUGGGAUGGUUUAAGGUCCAAAGAGAACCAAAGGAUCCUUAUUCUUGGCGCAACAAACCGUCCAUUUGAUCUAGAUGAUGCAGUAAUUCGGCGUUUACCUAGGAGGAUAUACGUUGACCUUCCUGACUCACAGAAUCGAAUGAAAAUUCUGAAGAUUUUACUUGCAAAAGAAAACCUGGAAUCUGAUUUCAGAUUUGAUGAACUAGCCAAUGCGACUGAAGGUUACUCUGGAAGUGACUUGAAGAACCUAUGCAUUGCUGCUGCGUACAGACCAGUUCAUGAACUUCUAGAAGAAGAAAAGGGAAGUGUGAGUGACACGAGAACAUCCCUGAGACCCUUAAAGUUGGACGAUUUUGUCCAAGCAAAAGCAAAGGUAAGCCCAUCUGUUGCUUUUGAUGCCACAAGCAUGAACGAGUUAAGAAAAUGGAACGAGCAGUACGGGGAAGGUGGAAGCAGGAGUAAAUCACCAUUUGGAUUCGGCAGCUAACAUUCUCCCGUCAGUAGUUUUUGUUCUCACCUGAUACCAUGUGCAACAUCAGCGAGCUCCUGUUUAACCAUAGGAAGUCAGCAAAGUCAGCAAUUGGAGCCUCUUUCUGCUGUGUGCGCACCUUGCCUUUAGCAGCUCAAUCUGCUCAUUUCUCCGAUCCUUUCCAUCCAUCUUCUACAACCUAUUUCAGAGUUACCUGAUCCCUGUAUCAGUAGAGAAACGACUGAUCACACACCAAAUUUUCCCGAGCCUUUCUAAACAGUGCUCCAUUCACCUGUUGUAACAGCUGACCAAACUGUAAAUAGCUGAAGAAAUUUUGCCCCCACAACAACAGAUAGUCAGAUAAGUCUACUACUACAGCAGAAUAAAUCCCACAUUCUUUUCCAUUUUGUUGCAGCUGCUUUCCAUGCCAGCCGGUGCAUUGCCAUGGCCAUUGCCAUUUCAUCAUUCUGUGUGUCCGCGAAGUCUAGCUUGUAAAAUUUAAUGAAUAGUGUUGUUGCAGCGUUGCUGGUGUU